ACGCGGGAAGACGCCGGCCGUUUGAAAGCUGGUGGGUGCGGGCGGGCUUGGUGGCGUGUCUCUCGCUCCGUCCCGCUCCCCUGGGUGAGCCUUGACUCGGCGGGGCGCCUUUUGCCCCGUCCCGCUCCCCUAGGCAGGAGUCGGCAGCACUAUGGCGAAUAUAAAGACAGAAGAUGAAAUAAUCCUCUUCGAAAGAGAAAUGAAGGAGUUUUGGACCAAAUUAAAAAGUAUUUAUGACACUGAACUGAUCAGUGAGACUUUAGCACUAAGAGAUUCAUGCAAGGAGUCCAUAAAAAUGCUUUCAGAGAAAUGGUCUAAGAAGCUGAAAGAAGGAGAUCUGAUGAUUGAUAAAAUUCACGAGUAUAGCAAAGAGAUCCUCCAGCAGAGCCAGCACGUGUCAGAAAAUCAAGAGCAUUUGACAGAAAUAAAAUCUAACCUAAAUCAAGAAGAAGAGCAAAGGAAGGACUUGACUGACAGCAUUCAGGAGCUUAAAGAAGAGUUGCUGAAGAAAAAGGAAAUAAUAUCUUCUAAAAACAAAGCCACUAAGCAGAGAGUGGAACGACUAUGCAAGUUCAAAGCAUUGUUUGAAGAGCGGCUUGGAUUGGAGAUACGCAGAAUUCACAAUGAACAAUUACAGUUUAUAUUCAGACACAUUGACCACAACGAUCCUGACAAGCCAUAUGUAUUUACGCUUUCCAUAAAUGAACAAGGAGAUUAUGAAGUGACUUCCUGUUUUCCUCCUCUGGACUGUAUAGAAGAGUUCCAGCUCAAAGUCAGAGAAACUAACAAUUUUUCUGCAUUUGUUGCAAACAUCAGAAAAGCUUUCACUGCUUUAUCUUGUAAACAGUCUGUAUAAAACCAGCUUAUACCUCUCUUCCUAGUGUCAAGCACACUUUUUUUUUUCUUUCCUUGCUGUAUUGUGAAAGUAUGCAUUUAUCCAUGUUUUACUUUAAUUUCUAAAUAAAGAAAAAUGAAAACAGUA